AGGGUUUUCCGGGUGUAGCAAGAUGGCCGCCCAACCCCGCCUUUUACCACAUCCAAUCAAAAUCCUCAUGGCUUGUCCAGGUGACGGGAAGCAGGCUGACAGCUGUACUGGGAGAAGCAGGAAGAGAAGAACAAGGGGGAAACUCGGGCUGAGCCCAUGUGACCCUUUUGGACCAGAUGGACUCAGCGGUGCCCUCUCUUGAAGAUGUUGUGCUGGGGGACACAGGGCAGAGAGAGGAGGAAAGAGCAAUGGAAGAGGAUGGUCAAGAAGAAGAGGACGGGGGAGACCUGGAGCUCAACCCAUUUGAUGGUCUGCCCUUCUCUUCCCGCUAUUACCACCUCUUGUCUGAGCGCCACCUGCUGCCCAUUUGGGACAUGAAGGCCCAGUUCCUGGAAAGGCUGCAAAGCAGUAACAUUGUGCUGGUGUGUGGGGCCCCUGGAUGUGGAAAGAGCACCCAGGUCCCCCAGUGGUGCGCUGAGUUUGCCCUCUCCCAGCGGUUCAGUUGUGGCUCCAUAAUGGUCUCCCAGCCGCACCCCACUGCUGCUUUCAGCCUGGCUCUGCGCGUCGCUGAUGAAAUGGAUUUGAACUUGGGCCAUGAGGUUGCAUUUUCAUUGCCACAGGAGGACUGUACCGGCCCUAGCACCAUCCUGAGAUUCUCCUGGGAUUCGCUGCUACUACAGGAGAUGACCUCUAACCCUUUGCUGGAAUCAGCCGGAAUUGUGGUCCUGGAUGAGGCUGAUGCACGUUCGGUGGCAUCUGACCUCUUGCUUGGACUCCUGAAAGAUGUACAUGUACAGCGGCCGGAGUUCCGCCUCGUGGUGGUCACGUCCCCACAGCUGGAGGCGCCGUUGCUUAGCUUUUUAGGGGAGGAGGCCUCUGUUUUGAGAGUCCCACACACGGCCCCAGUAUGUGAAGUAGUGUAUCGGCCCCCGGUGUCUCCGGACUGUGUCUUGGCCGUCUCCCAUAUGGUCCUGGACAUUCACCGCAGGGGGGAUCCUGGUGAUGUGCUGGUGUUUCUGGCAAGUGAGGAGGAGGCCUAUCAGUGCUCUGUUUCUCUUCUGACUGAGUCCCUGUCUCUGAGCCCCAGUCUGGGAAAUUUGGUGCCUUUCACCCUCCUAGAAAGUUCUGGCAGUGAGGUGCAGUGUGUGUACGAGGCCUUGCAGGGACAUUGUGGCACCCAGCGGCGAGUUUUCCUUUCACAAUCUCUGUCAGAGCUGUCAUUCUCUCUCCCAAACAUCCGAUAUGUCAUUGAUACGGGGGCAGAACAGCAGAAUAUGUACAACCCCCGUAUCCGGGCGGAUUUCCAGGUGCGGCGGCCGGUCAGUAAAGCCACGGCAGAGAUCCGGCGCUUGCGGGCCCAGGCCACUGACAGUGUGUGUUACCGCUUGUACUCGGAGACCGUCUAUCAGAGCCAAAUGCCAGACUUCUCUCCUCCUCGGAUCCUUCAGGAGAAUCUGAGCCGGUUGGUUCUGUUGAUGAAGAGGCUGGACAUUGCCGACAUGGGGCAGUGCGACUUCCUUGACCGGCCCGCCCCGGAGUCGCUCAUGCAGGCCUUAGAGGAUCUGGAUUACCUGGCAGCUCUCGAUGAUGAUGGAAACCUCUCAGAAGUUGGAAUUAUCAUGUCAGAGAUUCCGCUGGAUCCGCAAAUCUCCAAAUCCAUUCUCGCCUCGUGUGAAUUCCACUGCGUCAGCGAGAUGCUCACACUGGCAGCCAUGUUGAGUGUUGUGCCACGUUGUUUCCUUCCGGGGCCGCACACAGCGGAAGUGUUGGAGUCUCGCCAGGAGCUGCAGGUCCCAGAGGGAGAUCACAUGACUCUAAUAAAUAUAUAUGAAAAGUACAAGGAGAGUGAUGAGGAGUGGUGCAGUCGCUGUGCCCUGUGCCCCCGUGCCCUCCAACAGGCAGAGAGACUCCGCGCUGAACUCCUGGAGCUGCUGCAGAGGAUCGAACUCCCAGUUUCACCCCCCAACUUUCUCAGUCAGGAAAAUACCCUUAAUAUCAGGCGAUCGCUGAUAUCUGGGGGGUUCCUGAAGGUUGCCCGUGAUGUUGAUGGACAGGGCAAUUAUCUGAUGCUGACCCACAAACAUGUGGCCAAUCUGCACCCCUUCUCUGUGUAUUAUGGGUGCUGCCCCCCCCCAGCCUGGGUCCUGUACCACGAUUUCACUAUAUCCCAGGAUAACUGCAUCAGCAUCGCCACCGAAAUCCUUCCUGAAAUGUUAGUGGAAUUUGCCCCACAGUACUAUCUGUGCAACCUGCCACCCAGCGAGAGCCGUGACAUGCUGAUGGCACUUAGGGAGAAGAUGCUAGAGGGAGAAGAUACAGAACUUGAUGGCACGGAGGAGGAGGCGGCAUCACUGGACCUAGCCAAUGAGAAAGACCUUUGCUGCGUGCAGUGAAUCCAGCCCUAUAAACUCUGUGCAAGCCAAUGGUGGCCACGCCCUUGCUGUGACUGAUUGGUGCAUAUUGCCUGGAUAGCCAAUCGUGGCAAGAACACCUACUGGGAGGUGGGGCUUAGUCCCCAAACAUGGGUAUCGCCAUCUACCAAACGAGUUUAUCGGAGGUUAAUUAGUAAUUGAUUCUGUUGGAUGAUGAACCCAAAUGUAAUUAUAUAGAAUGUAGGAUCCCAGGAUUCCCUUGGACUGGUAUCAGUACAGAACCUACUACGAAUGGUACUGGCCCUGUAUGGUGGCACCAAAGAAUAGUUCUAUAGAACUGCAUAGGAUUCUCUUGGACUGGUAUCAGUACAGAACCUACUACGAAUGGUACUGGCCCUGUAUGGUGGCACCAAAGAAUAGUUCUAUAGAACUGCAUAGGAUUCUCUUGGACUGGUAUCAGUACAGAACCUACUACAAAUGGUACUGGCCCUGUAUGGUGGCACCAAAGAAUAGUUCUAUAGAACUGCAUAGGAUUCUCUUGGGCUGGUAUCAGUACAGAACCUACUACAAAUGGUACUGGCCCUGUAUGGUGGCACCAAAGAAUAGUUCUACAGAACUGCAUAGGAUUCUCUUGGACUGGUAUCAGUACAGAACCUACUACAAAUGGUACUGGCCCUGUAUGGUGGCACCAAAGAAUAGUUCUACAGAACUGCAUAGGAUUCUCUUGGGCUGGUAUCAGUACAGAACCUACUACAAAUGGUACUGGCCCUGUAUGGUGGCACCAAAGAAUAGUUCUACAGAACUGCAUAGGAUUCACUUGGGCUGGUAUCAGUACAGAACCUACUACAAAUGGUACUGGCCCUGUAUGGUGGCACCAAAGAAUAGUUCUAUAGAACUGCAUAGGAUUCUCUUGGGCUGGUAUCAGUACAGAACCUACUACAAAUGGUACUGGCCCUGUAUGGUGGCACCAAAGAAUAGUUCUAUAGAACUGCAUAGGAUUCUCUUGGACUGGUAUCAGUACAGAACCUACUACGAAUGGUACUGGCCCUGUAUGGUGGCACCAAAGAAUAGUUCUAUAGAACUGCAUAGGAUUCCCUUGGGCUGGUAUCAGUACAGAACCUACUACAAAUGGUACUGGCCCUGUAUGGUGGCACCAAAGAAUAGUUCUACAGAACUGCAUAGGAUUCUCUUGGACUGGAUACACUGUGGCCUCUCUGGUACUGGGAGCAAGUUAUAUUGGCCAGUCAAGGAGGCCUUGGCCUUUUGGUUGGAUGUGAGGGCAGAACAUAAAGGUGCUGGGGGUAUCGGCCAUUUGGGUGCCUGGGAUCUGUUGGUGCCAAGCCUUCUGGGGUGCGUGAGCACUGUGGGUGCCAGGCAUUAGGAAGUGUCUGAAUUCUGUGGGUAUCGGGCAUUAGUGGAUUCCUUGGUUGCUAGGGAGGCUCAGCUAAGCGGUUGCUGCCAUUUGGGAGCCCCUGGUGCUGAACUUGCCACUUGCAGGGGCAUGUGAUUUUGGGGGAACCAUUUCUGGCUGUUUGGGAAAUGGGGUGCUAGUUAUUUAGGGGGCUCAGGCAACCAAGACUCCAGUUCCCACAAUGCUUUGCAUGCUUCUUCAGAGGCCUUCAGCUGGUGUCUGCUACAUUGCUUCAGAUUCGGAAGCAGCAGUGCAGAGAGCUAUCUGUAGGGGGCAGUAGUCAUGUGUUCUGGGAGAUUGCUGAAAUUGAUAUUAUCUUAUUAUUUAGUUCCAUUUUCAGGUUUUUAUCCCCUUUAAAUAGAGAGACCACUGGGAUGUUGGAGCUGCUGCUGGGGUUUCACAUGGGGCUACUUGCCCUCUAUUUUGGUGAGGGGCAAAAAUGUACCCAAUAAACACUAAGGAUGCCAA